AUGGGGCACGCGGCAGCGGGCUACCAGAAGCCGAUUAUUGCAAGUUAUUACUAUAUUCGGCGAAGGAGAAAGCCCGGAUCCGAGUCAGAUAAGAACAGCGACAGCGAUAGCGUAAAGGCAGAAAAGGAAAAAGAAAAGGCCGAACUGCAAGGCUACUGGGUCUACGAUAAAGGCAAUAACGGACGCAUUGUUCAUUAUCGCAAGAAGGCGCCAAACAUCACCGCAGGCAAGGUCAAGCUCAAUGGCUGUCCUCCUAUAUUCGAAAUGGGGAUGGGAAUCAUGUUAAAGCGAUUCCUCGGGUUGUGA